UGCGUGGUGCAAAAUCAAACUAUAGAAUGCAUCAUUAUAUAUUUCAAUUGUAUUUUGUUUUUGUUUUUUUGACGAAAAUUCACUCUACUGAGCCGAAAUUCAAUAUCAUUAUCAAAUUUCAGGAUGUGGACCGUCUGCAAGCCCACAUACCUGGUAAUUUCGGGCUAUAAUGGCCAACAAUCCAACCUCAACCACUACAUAUUAAGAAAGGGCGUAGCCGGAGUUCGAACCCACGACCUUUGGCGCCCAGAUGACUGAGACUUAGACCACUAUACCAAACCUACUUUCCAAGCAAGUAACCAAACAAUUAAUUCAAACAAUUAAAUUAAUUCAUACGAAGAGCUAGUCAAAUACUAAAUUAAAAUUAAUAAAAUUUUGAUUUGUUUUGGAUCUAUAUAUAUUUUCACUUCAUCUCAUCCUCAUAUAAUAAGCUAUAGAUAUGGAGCUUCAUCUCCUUCCCAUUUUUGGUUUAUUACUCUGUUUUCCGAAAGAAAGCAAUGGUUUCCCAUCCCCGGAGAUGUACUGGAAAUCCAAGUUACCAAACACUCCAUUGCCAAAAACUCUACAAGAACUUCUAAAGCCAGUUACAGGGAACAAAAGUAAUUUUUCAGAGACAAAGCCCUUGGCUGGAAGUGUGAUCGACUACAAUCUUAAUUAGGUACCUACCGAGCAAAACUACGGCAUUUGAUAGUAAUAUUUCAAACACUACGAUUACUACUAUAUAUUUCUUUCCUGGCGAUCUCCUUCCGGGAAAUAAAAUGUAUAUUAGUUUCAGAAAGAUGUACAAUAUUUCAACUUUUUUACCGCGUAAAAUUGCUGAAACUAUACCCUUUUCGACCAAAGAUUAUUCAAAAACUUUGGAAUAUUUUUCACUGCAACCCACAUCAGAAGAAGCUCAAAUUAUCAAACAUACAAUUGAGCUAUGCGAGGCACCAGAAAUGAAGGGAGAAAUCAAAUAUUGUGCUACAUCCUUAGAGUCUUUAGUUGAUUUUACGGUUGCCAAAUUUGGAAAUAAAGUUUCGGUUCUUGAUAACGAAGUUGAAAAGGAGAACACGAAACAAAACUACACGAUUUCUCGAGGAAUUAAAAUGAUGGGAGAUCAUCAGAUUGUUUGUCAUAAACAAAUAUAUGCAUAUGCUGUAUUUCAUUGUCAUGCAAUUACGGCUACAAAGGUUUAUAUGGUUCCGUUGGUGGGUGAGGAUGGUUCCGAAGCUAAAGUAGUAGUGAUUUGUCACACAGAUACAUCAGCUUGGAAUCCAAAUCAUUUUGCUUUUCAACUACUUAAGGUGAAGCCUGGGGAAUCUCCAAUUUGUCAUUUUCUUAAUAAUGAUGCGAUUGUUUGGAUUCCUAAUUAGAGAGUCAUGUUUUGCUAUAAAAUAUUGUUCUAGGUGUUAAAUAUAUUAUGUAUUUCACUAUUAAUUAUAUUGUAAGAGUAGAAAAAAAUUCAUUCUUUUUCUCUUA